UGAGGGUGAGUAAAUGAUGACGGACUUAAAAUUUUGCUUGAACUAUCCCUAACAGGCAUGUGUGAAUGAAGAUAUCAAAUCAAAUCUGAUUAUUGUCACACAUAAUGUACACAAGUGUACUGAUGGUGAAAUUCUUUGGAGCCAUGUGCCAUGGCAGUACAAGCAACAAGAUAUGAACACUUGUUGUAUGUAAUAUACAUAAUCAACAAUAUACAUACAUUUACAUAUACAUAAUGUAAAAUAUACAUAUCGAACAUAUGAAUGUCGUAAUUUAUUUCACAAACAAAAAAACAUAUUUUCUUUACUUUUAGUUUCAGUCAUUGCACAAAAUUGACUGUUAGGUUUUCUGAUGUCAAAAUGAAAUUGUCGAGACUCACAUCAGUUCUGUCUGCAGUCUGAUAUUAUUGGUGGUUUCAGUAAAGAGGCGUGAUCACGCAUCAGACUCUCAGCAGCAGAUAGUUAUGAUAGCACUUCUCACCGUUCAUUUACUCUUUUGAUCUGUUCUGUGAGCUGUUGAAGAAAAUGUAUGCUGUGCUUUUGUUCUGUUUCUCCUUGUGGAGUCGGUUUGGUGUAUUUAGUGAGUUUGUGUCAGUAACUGAAGGAGAUUCUGUCACUCUGUCUGUGGAUCUCACUGAAGUGAAAGAUGGAAUCUCGUGGAAGUUUGGAGCUCAAGAAGUUGUCAUAGCUGAGAUCAAUGCAGAGAACAAUAACAUCAGUUUAUAUGAAGACAGAGCUGAUGGAAGAUUCAGAGACAGACUGAAGCUGGAUCACACUGGAUCUCUCACCAUCAACAACAUCAGAACGGAUCACUCUGGACUUUAUAAAAUCAUCACCAAAACCACAGGGAAUCAACUCAAUAUAUUCAACAUUACUGUCUAUGCUCUUCUGCCUGUUCCUGUCAUCUCCAGAGACUCUUCACAAUGUUCUUCAUCAUCAUAUUGUUCUGUGAUGUGUUCAGUGAUGAAUGUGACACAUGAUGUGAGUCUCUCCUGGUACAAAGGAAAGAGUUUAUUGUGCAGCAUCAGUGUGUUUGAUCUCAACAUCAGACUCUCUCUACCUCUGGAGGUGGAUUAUCAAGACAACAACACAUACAGAUGUGUCAUCAACAAUCCCAUCACAAACCUCACACAACAUCUAGACAUCACUAAACUCUGUCACACGUGUUCAGUCCUCUACUGCUGUUGUGGUUUCACUGAAGCUGUGAUGCGAUUGGUCGUCUCUGCUCUGGUGGGUGUGGCUGCUGUUGCUGUUCUGGUUUAUGAUGUCAGAUCCAGAGGAAAUGAACAGAAGAAGAGAUCAGACACUCAAUUAAAUGAAUAAUUUUUUUCUCUGUCUAUGAUCUAAAAGAAAUUAAGUUAUAUCACUUUGUUGUCCCCUUGAAUAAAGGCAUCUACUAAAUGUAUAAAUGCUAUUUUAAUAGCUAUAAAGCUAUUUUUCCAGGCUGCGUCACUGAGUUGACGACUCACACAUGCAUACACGCACACACAUAUAUAAUUACCAAUGUUAAGUAUAAGAUAAGUAUAUCAUGUUCUGCUUUAGUUGUGUUCUCAAUAGAUCAGGGGCUGCAUUAUAGAAACAUCUUAUCUCAGAAUCCUCUUUACUCACCAUGUUGAUAUUAAAUUACAGCCCAUUUAAAAUGUUGAACUUCUCCAAUCCUGACUCAGAAGAUUCUAUGUCAUUAUAUGCCAUGUGUUUAUUGAUCUCUUCCUGAAACCAUUUCAGAUGAUUUUUAUAGUGAGCAAAUAUUAUUGAUUAUAUCUGUGCUGAUA